UGAAGAUGGCUGUCUUCUGGGUUGUUGCGCUGUGAAGUCUGGUAGAAGUUUACCGACGUUUCAGUAGUACUGCUACCUCCGUGUCCAUUGAAGCGUCGGUAAACUUUACCAGGCUACAUAGCGCUAUAACCGGAAGAUAGCCUUCUUAAUGUAUUAGAAUGGUAUGGACGUCGGUUCCAACCAUUAACAACCAAGCAUGAAAUCUGCUGGUCCCCACAAAAUGGAUUCAUUUAAAAAGCGAACUCCAGACUAUACGGACAUUGCAUACAGAGAAGCAGUUGCAAGACUCAGGUACUUGCUAGCAGAGUCAUAUUCCCCGCGCUCAUCUCCUACCAAGGGCUCUCAGAUUCUUAGAGCUGAUGACAGUGGAGAUGAAAUAGAAUCUGUGGCAUUAAGUGAGAAAUCUCGUCAUCAGCACCAGCAUGUCUUGACUCCAUACAAAGCCUCCAUGUAUGGGUCCAAACGUGCACUGUACACAGAUUCCACCACUAAACUACCACAGACUUAUAGCAUCCAGAACUUGCAGCACACAGCACUGGGAAUAGGGGCAGGAACAACAGAAGGCCCAGACUCAUCUUUGAAACCUGAAGGAGGUCUGCCUCCUCCUGAACUCAUGACGUUUAUUGAGCGGCAGGAGGAAUACAUUGAGCAGUUGGAGAAGGAGUCACAGUACUGUAGAGAUGAAUUAGCUGCGUUGUUGAGCAAAGUGAAGGAGGUGAUUUCUGAGAAUGAGGGUCUGCAUGAGAGGGAGAAGGCAGGUCUGCUCAAGUCAGUUUUUGACUGCUUUGAAACAGGUGAUGAAGAUGAUCAUGAAAUGGAGCCUGAAGAAAAGCCUGAGAAGCAGAAGCGAGAGAACAGCAAGAAACGUCUCGAAGGCCCAAGCAUUGUGUUUGAAUCACGGAUAAGUGAGCUUGAAGCACAGCUGACUCAGACCAAGAUGGACCUGAGGAAGGCCCUGGAAGAAGCUGACCUUUACAAAAAGAAGCUGGCUGACCAGCCGCUGAGCUUUGAGACCCACAGCCCAUUUAGUGCUGCAGACUGUCACAGUCAUCAGCAGCAGAUUGAAAGUUUACAAAAGGAGAAGGAUGCACUAAAUGAGAACCUGUUAAAACUGCAAGCUGCUGUCGCGCAGUUCCGUGAGAAGGAGGCAGAAGCAUCACUUAAAGUGAAGCGCAGCCUGGAUGUGGUAGACCAGGCUCAGUUUGAGAAAGCUCAGGCAGAACUGGAGGUGCGGCGGCUGAAGGAUGAGCUGGACCGACAGCAUGAGAAGAUGCGGGAGUUGUUACAGGAGCAGGGCCGCAAGGUGCAAGAUGAACGGAUGCAGCUGGAGCGACGUUACACACAGCAGAUGGAACAGCUCAAUACUGACCUCACUUGUCAAUGGGACUCCUCCAGCAAACUUCAGCUUGAGCUUGAGAAACAACGCCGUGUCGAGGUUGAUCUCCGCAGGGAUCUGCAGCAAAAGACAGUGACGAUUGAAGAACUUAAAAAGGAACUUCAGAAUAAGAUUGGCUCAUUGCAGACUGAGUUGGUGCAGGCAGCUGUGGAUCGUGGGUCUUUGGAGCAGGAGCUGGCUGCCAGCAGACUGGUAGUUGAGAGGGCAGAGCGUGAGGGCAGGCAGGAAGCAUCUAGACUCCAGGCAGAGGUUGCCGCUCUUCGUCAGCGUCUGGACAGAGCUGACGCGGAUCUGAUGCAUAGCCGAAGGGAGAAUCUGCGACUUACAGAACAGGUCGCCUCACUUGAGAGAGAGGUGAACCUUGCCAAGAUAACAAAGGAGAAUGCUGAUAGGGGCUCCUUGUCUCCCUUGAAGCAAAAGACAGGACAGCGAGAGAAGGAGCUGACUGCAAUGAUAAUGGAUAUGGAGGCUAAGCAUGUCCAUAAUGUUGCUGAACUUGAAGGCAUGAUUCAGUCCCAGAACCAAGUGAUGGAAAAACUGAAAGAUGAGUGUCACUCACUAACAGAGAAGCUGGAGGAGUCCUCCAACAGGCACAAGCGGGAGAGGGCCUGUUUAAGAGAAGACAAUGCGAUGUUGAUGGAUAAACUUGGGCAGCUGUGGGAGAUACAGAAGCAGCAGCAGCCCCUUCUUGUAGCGAGUAGUGAACAGGCACCCCACGAGCAGAUGAUGACACCUAUGCCAGAGACCCCACUGAGUCACAGAUUCAUUCAAGAUCUGAACAGUAUGAACCUGAGCAGUACAACCCUCAGCAAUAUCAGCAUUACCAACCUCAAUCCAGUCAACAACAGUACCAAUCAGAUCCCAGUCAACAUCAGUACCAGUCUGAGUCCGCUGAACAGCAGUAUCAGCUUGAACCCAAUGCACCAGCUACCAGUGAGGCUCUCGAGGCAGAAGAGUCACUCCCCCCACCUCAGCCUCAGUCCACGGAGGCAUGAGGUUGUGGACCCACUGCCACCACCACCACCUCCACUUACAUUAGAAGAUCUGGCUACUGACAGCGAUUCGUGAGACUUGCCGUCUGCACAGCUUGGUAUCUUCAGAACAUUGUCGUAGUGGUAGUAGUGCAGCUGCUUAGAAUUUCUGGAGGUAGGAUUAACAUUCCUGUUUGUUGCAUAUACAAGAAGCUGUUGUGCAUCAUGAGGCCUUGUUUCCCGUGGGAACAUUUGUCUAAUCCUUUCAGACCGCGAACACAAGUUAUGACAACACUUGUCACAUCAUGAUACCUACGCACUUGAAACCAGUACUGCAGAAGUAUGAAGUCUUGUCUGUGUUAACUGUUCAAAGUUCAUUUCUGAUAAAGAGUGUGUCACGAAAAGGAGGAGGAGAAUAGAAGAAGAAAAGCAAGAAGUUGUAUUUUUCAGGAUUGAAAAACUCUAUAUAAGUAUUUAUUUAUUCCUGAGUAGAUGGGUCUGAAAGGGUUGGAGUAAAAACUGUAACAUGUCUUACAGCUAAUCUACCUUCUAUAAUUUUACUUCUUUUGAUUUUUACAGGGAAUUGAGAAUAGACUUAUUAUUGUCAUCAUCAUAAUGAUCAGUAAUAUUGUUACAAUGUUUUGCAUGCCAAAUCAGUGUAUAUAGUUUACCUUAUUGAAGCAACGAGUCUGAUAUAUUAGUAGAUGUUAUCAUGAGGAAACAAGCCUGAUGAUACAAAUAGUUGUAAGAGAUUUGGGGUCUGGGAGACAUGAUUAAAUUGGUUAUAACAAAACUGAGGAAAGAGAUUUGUUCUGAUGUUCAUCACUUGUCAUGGAACAUGUCUGACGAAACAUGCUCCUUUGUGUAGAGAAACCUGCGCUCCUAGGCGGUGUAAUACUUAGAAAGAUGAAGUAAUAUAUGUCUGUUGAUUUUUUUGUUACAUUUUAGCUUAAUGAGAUCAUUUUUGUCAGCUUUAUGGAAUCAUCAUUUACAGACAUUUAUCGAGAAAUAUAAGUAUAAGCUUUGUGGCGUUGCUCAAAAGUAGGUUUCCUAUGCUCCUGCUUUGAACGUUUUAACAAAGUCCAGUCCUGAAAUGAUACUAUUAAUCUGUAUUGAGUAAUGGAUAAUCAUUUU